AUGGGGUUACAUAAUUUGACUGCCACCGAAUUUGUUCUCCUCGGCUUCUAUGAGUUUCCAAACUCCCAGUUGAAUUUAUUUGUCAUAUUUCUGGUCAUUUAUGUAGCAACGUUGGUUGGGAAUUUGUUAUCAACUGGUCUCUUUUGCUUUGAUCCUCAAUUUCACACCCCAAUGUAUAUUCUCCUAUGUAACAUGUCUAUGGUGGAUAUUUCCUUUACCUCAAUGGUUCUUCCCAAGUUGUUGGCCAUUUUUCUAACUGGGAACAACAUCAUUUCCUACAAUGGUUGUAUGACCCAGGUAUUCUUUUUUGUGGUGCUCAUGGUGUCGGAAUAUUUCAUCCUGGCUGCCAUGGCCUAUGAUCGCUAUGUGGCCAUAUGUCAUCCUUUACGUUAUUCUUAUUUUAUGAGUCUUACAGUCUGUUUCUGGAUGUCAUGUACAUCUUGGGGUAUAGGACUCCUUGAGGGAAUUCUUUAUGCCAUUCUCAUAUCAUCUUGUAUAUUUUGUAGAUCAAAUAAAAUUGACCAUUUAUUCUGUGAUCUGAAACCCCUUAUAAAGCUUUCUUGUAGUGACACACGUACUAUAGAGACAGUAAUACUAGGACCCAGUGCCCUCAUUGGUUUUGUCCCUUCGAUCAUGACCUUGGUUUCCUACAUUUACAUUAUUUCAACAAUCUUGAAGAUUCACUCUAAGGAAGGAAGACACAAAACCUUCUCCACCUGCUCCUCGCAUCUCACAGUCAUCCUCUUGUUUUAUGGAACAGUGCUCGGCAUGUACAUGAGACCAAAGUCCAGCUAUUCUAUGGACCAAGACAAGAUGUUUGCCAUAUUGUAUACUGGAGUCAUUCCGAUGCUCAACCCCCUGAUUUACAGCUUAAAAAACCAGGAGGUGAAGAAAGCUCUGAGCAGAAUAAAGAAACAGAUGUUUUGUUAA